AUGGUCGAACCAAAAGUUCCUGGAAAGCUAAACCCUUUGGAACGAUUGAAGAAAUUUAACUAUAGUUUCAAUGAAGAAGGACAGCUGAGGCACAGAGAAACUAACAAACUUGUUUUCAAACAACAUAUUAUUGGAAACAAAUUGAGCCACCAGUGGUACAAUGAUUUGGGGGCAAUCCUUGCUGAAUAUAUAUAUGAACUCCUGGAGGAAGAAUGUCAACUAAAACGAGUCUGUGUUCCUGUAGAUGCUUCAAUGGAUGAGCCUAAGAGUUUCUGUUAUAUGAGUGAAGGAGCUUUGACAAACCCUUCUAACUUAAUUGUUUUGCUUCAAGAUCGUGGAGUAAUUCGGGCUGGUGAGUGGUCCCAGCAAUUGAUUCUGCAUGAUUGUUUGAACAGUGGCUCUCAAAUUCCUUUUAUCAAGAAAGCACAACAUGAGCAUUUUGAUGUAAUUGUAUUAAAUCCUAAUGAUAAUUUUUUAGUUAUUAAGGGAAAAAAUGAUAGUGACCCAAGAGAGAAAAAGGAUGAUGUCUGUGAUUCUGAUCAAACCGAAUGCAAAGUGCAGCUUGAAAAAGUGAUUCAACAAAUGCCAAAAAGAGGUGUUGAAAGUGCUGAACAGCACACUAUCUACACCUGGGACCACUUUAUUUCUAAGUCUGCAGCUAAGAAUGUAGCUUUUAUAGCCCACGGUUACGGUGGAUUAGCAUUUGUUAACCUAUUGAAUGAGCGCAGUCAAGAAGUAAUGAGGAAAGUGCAUGCUGUGGCUUUUAUAAACUCUGUGCAUGAUGUGUGGCACCAAAAUGUUCCAAAAUCUAGUCAAGAAUGGAUUAGAAAAACUUGUUGCAACUGGGUGUUGAGCUCCAUGCCUCUCGACAAGCCUGUUACCUCAAUGAGGAUGAACUGCCCACAAGUUUCUGCAGGCACAGAACACCAUGAUUCAGCCCCUUCCAUCUGUUUUCACUCAAUUUUCAAGUACAUAAAGAAAGCUUUAAAAGGGAAAAAAACUGAACAAUUCACCCAUGUGCCAAUUGUCACAAGGAGUUCAAGUAAACUGUUGAACACAAGAAAACUAAGGUCAAUGAGCUGA